CCUCACCAAGUCUCCUAUAUAAACAUCUCCACUCCUCAACGAUUCAUCUACUAACUAAAAACGUUCCAAAGGGACAAAGAUCACAAACAAAUGUCUUUUGGAUCGGUCCCUAUCGUGGCCGCGGUGGCCAUACAACUCCUCCUUAUACCCAGCGUUGUUUCGUCUCUUAACAUUACCAAUUUGUAUCUCCACCAUGCAUGCAACAACACCCAAGGGAAAUACAAGCCGGGGAGUUUGUUCGAGAAAAAUCUCAACACUGUCAUCAAAAACAUAUCCACGUUUGAUCUGCGCAACGGUUACGCCCUCGACUCUAAUAUGAAGAGUCCCUAUUUUGAUAUACCUCCCAAUACUGUUUUCGUCACGCUCCAAUGCCGUGGUGACUCCUACGGGCCCAAGUGUCACUCUUGCCUUGCCGAAGCCCUCUCUGGGCUUCGCAAGAAAUGUCCUGGACACAAAGGAGCAACAAUAUGGUAUGACCAAUGUCUUUUGGAUAUUUCUACACUCAAUUCCAUUAGAAUGGCCCUACCGAACAGAGUCCACUACGAUAAUUAUUUGUGUAUAAGCAAUCCAAAAUCCGUGAGCGGCGAUAAGAAGAUCUUCGAAAAGAAGAAGAUGGAUUUCACCGAUAAGCUAUUGUCUGUAAUCAACAAGACGACUGACAGCGACCUCAGGGGGCCACUGUACGCAACGGGGGAGAUGAUGAUUGGGAAAAAGAAGUUUUAUGGAAUGUUGCAAUGUACGAACGAGUUAUUUGCGAGUUCUUGCUAUGUGUGUCUAGAGUGGCUUGUCUUGGGGCAUCCAUUCUGCUUCGAUGAAGGACAAGGAGCUAGACUAAUGUGUAGAAGCUGUGUUGCAAGGUUUGAGUUUUACCCUUUUCUUAGAACUUAAGUCUGUUUGAUGGGAGCUCUUAAUUUGCUUUAUGUUUGAAUAAGUGCUAUAUCAAGGAAUAAAAAUUGUCAACCUCUUUGUGGUUUAUUUUAUGUAACACAACAUUGUCAUUAUGUAUGGAGAGCGUCUAACUUCUUUUUUUCUG